AUAAGCAUUGCGAAAUGCGAAUUUCCUUUCCCCAUAAUCUGGAAUUUUUGUUUUGUUUGCUUUGCAGAUUCCCAUCGUUACUGUACAGUUGUACUUAUCUUAUCUACAAUAGUUCAAUAAAAUAUGUCUUUUGGCGUUCUAGAACACUUAAGCGUUUUUUUUUAUAGAAGAGUGCCUGCACGGAUGCCAAAGUAACCGUCGUCAGCUGUAGAGAUAACACAGCAAAAUCUACAAUGAAGCGCCUAUACUUUCGCCUGCCUCGACAGCCAGUACCCCCCGUCCGCCGCACGCGCUCCACGACAACCACCGCCCCGCGUCUCACAUUCCAGGAGCUGGCCGACCUCAUGGAGCCCCAACUCGAACCCUCCUCUGUCUGGCGCAAGGCCGUGGACCGGGAAGCCUGCGUGGCGCUGUUCUUCCAGCUGAAUCUGCGCAGCGACGAACCCCGCCUGGCCAAGUGCGUCUGCCUCCGUCUGCAGGAGUUCCGAGUGGGCGCCCACGCCGAUCUCCGUCUCGUUCCUUCAGUCUUCCUCGACGAGCCCCUAGUCGUCCCGGAGACAGAGCCCUGUGUGCCCCUACCCCCCACCAUCACCUCCGCCACGGAUGUCGUUAAACUGCUGCAGAAUUUCGAGCUGUAUCCACACCUGCCCGAUGAUGAGGAGAACGGUGUGCCGCGCACAUUGCAGGAGUCUUGCGCUGAGGAAUGUGGGGUGGAGGGUGUGUUGGUCAUGGGGGAUUCCGAUGGGGAGAUGGAGUUUGUGGAUGAUAAUGAUGCUGGGGAUUAUUCUCCAGCUGAAGGCCUUGUAGAAGAAGCUGACACGGUGACGAAGUUGAAAGGGGAGAAGUGCAAGCCAAAAAAAUUCUCUAAACGACCUAAAGCAACAUCUACCCCGGGUUUAAACGAGCAUCUCCUGGCCUCCAUGCAGCUCAUCAAAGUAUAUCUCCAUCAGGCGGGGCCAGAUAAAAAAGAAUUAUAUCCGGAAGCCGGAAUGUUUGCCUGCUCGAAACUCGUGAAGAAAUUCCAUGAGAAACACUUUCGGCCCUUGCGCUACAAUAAAAUCCACCCCCAGAUGCAUCGGUUAAAAGCGAUGGGCGCGAGUAUAGCGCUGGAUCUCAUCGAUUCACUGGGGAAAGUCUCCGACCAACUGCCGUCACAGCAAUGUGCGCUGCUGGAAUUGAUUGAUAAAGAGUUUUUGCAGACCGUUGCAAAUUUUGUGAAUUUGAACGAUCCGCGCGUUGUGAAAGAGGAUCUACCGCCGUUAUCCACGGAUCAGCUGCUACGAGGAAUGCGGAAUAGGAUCAAAUAUCUGAAGGUCUUACCUGAAAUGCUUGUUGCUCAAAGACGAUUAAAGCAACGUAAAAAGGAAGAAAGGAAACGCAUAAGGACAGGCGAGACACUGCCGCCUCCAGUACUCGGACCGUCGGCACCGUCGCUGAUCUCCCCAUUGGACAAUGGUCCAUGGAAUCCCGAUCUCCCUUACAAUCAUCCCGAUUUUCGCGUAUCCUACCUGGUUGACCGGCCGGACUACGUGUCGCUAUGGCCCGGCGGCGACAAUCCACAGGUUUACAUCAAGCAGGAAUGGUACGACUACUUCACCAGAGAGCAGUCGCAUGUCGAUUAUCCCCGCGAUCAGAACUGGAUCCGCGCGCUGCUCUUCAAGAUCAUCGACGAGCACGCGCUGCUCCACAUGUGCCUGCAGCAUCGCCAGCGCGAACGGCAGGGAGUGCGGGUCGCACAGCAUACCUUGCUCAGCACCGGCUUUCUCAAAAUACUCGAAGAAUUCAUACGGUGUCGCGGUUCGAUUUGCUUCGAUACGGAGUCGUUAUUGUACACCUUCGCUGAUUGGUUUAAAGACUACAAGCGCAACAUCAACCGGAAAGGCAUCCUCGACCAGGAUCCGGCCACGCUCAAACCCAACCGUCUACGAACGGCCAGACGGAAGGGAUAUGGUCGCAGUACCAUGCAGUAGUGAUCGACGUAUUGUUUCAAAUACGAUUACUCUUUCCCUAGUUUUUUUUUAAGUUUUUAACGAGCAAUGGCAGCUGAUGGAAUGGACAUUGCAUCAGCGUUUGUUUUCCUGUGGUUUGCAUUGCGACCUAUGCUAAUCAGCUAUGCCUUGUACAGGUCUGCAGAUAAACUGUUAACCAGCGAUGGCGUAUAGUGUCCAAGUCAGGCUGGUACAAAGAACAUUGCUUGGUUUAUGGUG